AUGACGGAGCAGCAACAGCAAAUAGAGCCGGUCGACGGGGCUUUCAAAUGGCCAGCACGUGAGUCCCCACACCCCGAAAAUCUUGCUCUUGCCUCCAAACUCUGCACAGCAUUACUGCCUAAGGGAUCAGAUACUAAGACUAUUACAAAGCACUUCCCCUGUGGCUGGUCUUCCAACGACGUCAUCCAAGUCUCGAUCCCCUCUCCCGCUCAUCAACGCUGCUUCGUGGUCAAGCUCCCCCGCCGUCAAACCUCUUCGUGCAUUGCUGCCAGUUGCAGGGCGGAAGCAUUGCGAACCUGCUGGGCGGCCAAGCAUGGCUUUGGACCCAAGGUGCUGGCUAUCCAUGAGGAGAGUGGGGGAUUCGUCAUGGAGUUCAUCCAGGGACAGACGCUGACGACGGAGAUGAUAAGGCAGCGUCUGCCGCAAGCUGUGAACAUGCUUCGACGGAUCCAUGAAGCUGAGGCAAUGAAUUGGAUGAGGAGGUACGACCCAAUGGAGAUUGUAAAAGAGCAUCUGGAAUGCGUGAAGGAACGCAACGCGAUGCGACCAAAAGAUGUGGGCUUCGUCGAAGGCAUCAUACACGAUACUGGGGAAGAAGUGAAAGGCCAUCCGUGGAUGCCCUGCCAUAAUGACUUCCACAGCCACAACGUAAUGCUCAGACGCGCCAGCAGAGAUGAUUCCGACUGUCUGCUCGCAAUCGAUUUCGAGGACUGCGAUCUCGGCGAUCCGAUGUGGGAUCUUGCUUACUUGACGGUCAAUCUCGAGCUGGAGCAGGAGCCCUACCGUUUGGAACAUCUGUACGGCGCUAGCGCAGAAGACAGACGACGCGUUCGAGCUUAUGUUCCAUUGGCCAUGGCGCAUUGUGCUACUUGGGCAGCUUUGCACGGAGGGUUAUGGGCGCAGCAUCAAAAGGAAGUCAUGGAACGAUUAAGGAAGCUGGUAGGCGAUUUAAGUUGA